AUGCUUUGGAUUCUAAAUUUCCCACCUGAAGUCGUUCAGAUUAUAUUUGAUGCUAUACCUCUCUUGUAUCUACAUGAAUAUAUCCACAUAGAUCAAAUUGACAAGUAUGCAUUCAAUUCAUUCUACGCCAGUAUCGUGAUUGGUGAUUACGCAAGUGAAUAUGACAGUUCCAUACAGGAGCCUAAGGCUCUACUUGGUGAGACAGAUGUGUUUGCAAGAACAUAUUGUUACAAGAAAAUCUAUGGCAAAUUAGAAGCUCCUGGAUUUCCAGCACAUUCCCGUAGAGACUGGAGAGCCCCAGCGGUGUAUUUUUUAGAUUUGGAAGAGUUUAUUGAGUUCAGUGGGGCAAAUACAGCCUUUUAUCCAUCAACACUUGUAUUUAAUAGACCUAGAGAUUUGCUAAGGUUUCGUUUAAUUGGUUCUCACAUACUUUCCAAAGUACGAAGGAUCCAUUUAUAUACAGAAUUGGAUGCUAGAGACGGGGCAAAAUAUGUCAAAGAAUUCACAGACUGUGACAACGUCGUAGCAGAAGCAAUUCCCAAUUUAGAGUACAGUUAUAUCUUAAGAGAAGUUCAUCCAUUAGGUGUGUUGUUUCCAAACUCUAUGUACUAUGUUCGACUUGGGGGAUGUCGAAUACGGAAUUUUGAAACUGCAUUUGAAGGACUUUCCAUUACACAUCUUAUACUUGAGAUGGAAAUAAGAGUUGAUGAUUUAUCAUUUCUCCCUAGAAACGUAAAAUAUUUAACAUUGAGCGGAUUAUUGAGUCUGAUAAAGGAUACAUUGGUCAUAAGGUUCCCUCCUCUUUUGAUUCAGUUAAUUGUCAGUGGCUUUAGAGGCUCUACCUGCAAACACAUUGAUCUACUGGCUUUGACUAAGCUUCGUUAUCUCCAAAUUUCUCCGUUGCAAAUCAGGGCCAUUUCGGAUUUAGAACUACCAAAUUCAAUUGAGAUCUUAAAACUAGGGGCACCCCACUUGGAAAACUUGGAAGGCAUUGAAAGAUAUACGAAUUUACAUAGCAUAUAUUUUCAAUCAGAUUUCGACAUAUUUAUUAAUUUACCCUUGAGUAUUCGAUCGCGAGAAAAGGAACUGCUUGAUUUGUGGGAGGAUCGAACUUUCUUGUGUGACCAAUAUUACGUGGCGGGGGCUCUUGGUUUGACUCGCUUUUCAAAAGAACGAAUUAACAAACUUCAGAUCAGCUGUGAAUAUGACAGCACCGAACUUCAGAAUUGGCGGUCUUUAUACAUUGCUGGUUAUUCUAAUUUGAAAAUUUUGGAUCUCUCUGCCACACCUUUGUCACUGAUUACUUGUUGGAUAUUUCCAGAAACUUUGAAUGUGUUGAACGUUAAUUCAUGUCAUAUUCUGAAAUUCCAGAACCAUAAUAUAGCCUAUCUAACAAAAUUACGGAGAUUGGAAUUAUCCGACAACGAGUUAAGUAGCAUAGACGCUCUUAUGGAAGCCCUUCCUUCGAGUUUGAAAGAGCUUGACUUGCUGCAUAACAGGAUCACUAAGUUUCAGGGCUCUUAUUUAUCAUUAAUAUCUCUUAAUCUAUCACACAAUCCGUUUCGUAUGAUAACUGACCACCAGAAUCUCAAGGUGUCAGACUGCUGUGAAAUAUUGAAUUUGGACUCUACGCUGAUCAAAGAAUUCGGGGAAUCAUUCCUCUUUCCAAAGAAUUUGAAAGAAUUAUCCCUUGACAAGAAUAAUUUAAAGUCAAUAAGCAAUGAUAACUUUUUCGCCAAACUUCCGGAAGGCUUGCUUUAUCUUGUUUUAGGAUUUCAUGAACAGCCUACCGAGACCCUGCCCAACUGGAAUUUCCCAAAAAGUUUACGCCAGUUACGUUUAACAAAUGCUCCUCCGAUGUUGCCACUAAAUGACCUUCCAUGCUUGGAAGAAUUGGAAAUGAACGACUCAGUGAUUUCAUUAGACUUCCUCCCAGCAAGCUUGAAGAAUAUUAGCUUAAUGGCACAUAAUUGGACUGGAUCGUUAGCCCACUUGGUUAAUUUAGAGAUGGUUUUGUUGACUCCGCGGAGGUGUAAAAUUGAGAAGCGGCUUCCAGUGGCAAAAGAGAUGCUUCUUCCAGAAUCAGUUAAGUACAUUAGAGUGAUGGAUGGCGAUAUUUCUCUGAGGAUUGAUUUUAGAAGAUGCAAAAACUUGCGCUUUCUCGACCUAUGUGAGUGUUCACUUGAUAAAUUUACGGAGUGUAUGCUAGAAUUGUUUGAGAACAAUCCUCUAAUUCGCAUUCAUUUGGGAGGACUUCUGUCCUUUCUGCAAAACAGUACGCUUGACAAUUUCCGAGAGUUGGGGUCAUUGGUAUACGAUGAUUAUGUUCCUUCGAAUAAUUUUAUAUAG